CGCCGCUGGCCGGACGGGAGGUUGGUUGUCCGAUCGGCCGCCAGACGUCGCCACGAUAAACACCAGAAAAUCAGUCGAAAUCUAAAUAAUCGGGGCUGGGCGUGUUGCUUUCGCGAAUCCGUGAAUUGUUUAGUGUUUUUUCGAUAGAUAUGUAACAAAACCGAUCGGAAGUACAGACCAUUACUAGGAAAGAAAUUAUGGCGCUAUCGCUCAAAAUCAACAUCAUCGACGAGAACGUUACAAAAACUAUCGUUUUCGAUCCCGCAACAACAGUACACGACGCUUGCCGCAUCAUCAGAGACAAAUGUGCAGAUGGAGAUGGACAACCAAAAGAUUACGGUUUGUUCCUCACCGAUGAAGAUAAUAAGACAGGAGUUUGGCUAGAACCGGCCCGAAAUUUAGAAUACUACAUCCUGAGAAACGGCGACACCAUAGAAUACAGGAAGAAGUUGAGAACGCUUCGCGUGAAGAUGUUAGACGGCGCCGUAAAAACGAUGCUGGUGGACGACUCCCAGAUUAUAGCCAAUCUAAUGGUGGUGAUUUGCACGAAACUGGGCAUAACGAACCACGACGAGUACUCCAUCGCAUUGGAAGACAUCGAGAACCAGGAGAACAUCGACAAUCGCAACUACGGCACGUUGACGUUGAAACGGAAGAAGGAGGAACGCGAACGGGACGCCAAGAUGGAGCAGUUGCGCAAGAAACUCCACACCGACGACGAGGUGAACUGGCUGGACCCGUCGAAGACGCUGCGCGAACAGGGAAUCGACGAGUCGCAGAUGGUGCUGCUCCGACGGAAGUUCUUCUAUUCGGAUCAGAACAUCGAUUCGAGGGAUCCGGUGCAAUUGAACCUGCUGUACGUGCAAGCCAGAGACGCCAUUUUGCAGGGGACCCAUCCCAUUACGCAGGAGAAAGCCUGCGAAUUCGCCGGCCUCCAGUGUCAGAUACAGUUCGGCGAUCACGUCGAGAACAAACACAAAACCGGCUUCUUGGAUUUGAAGGAAUUUCUACCGCAAUCGUACACGAAGAUCAAGGGCAUCGAAAAGAAAAUCUUCUUCGAACACAAGAAGCACCAAGGUCUCAGCGAACUGGACGCGAAAGUGAAGUACACCAAGAACGCCAGAUCUCUGAGCACCUACGGCGUGACGUUCUUCCUCGUCAAGGAGAAGAUGAAAGGCAGGAACAAGCUGGUGCCCCGUUUGCUGGGCGUCACCAAGGAUUCGGUGCUGCGAUUGAACGAACAGACCAAGGAGAUACUGCAAACGUGGCCGUUGACGCAGGUGCGCAGAUGGGGCGCCAGCCCCAACACGUUUACGUUAGAUUUCGGCGAUUAUUCCGAUCAAUAUUACUCUGUGCAAACCACCGAAGCCGAACAGAUACAGCAAAUCAUCGCCGGUUACAUCGAUAUUAUACUGAAGAAACAACAAGCUAAAGACCAUUUCGGUAUCGAAGGAGACGAAGGAUCCACCAUGUUCGAAGAGAAUGUCGCUAAACAGAAGGCGACCAUUUUGCAACACGAAUCGAGCAAAGUGGGCAAAACGAGCAUCGAAUCGUUGGCGAAGCCGGCCGUGAUGAGAGUGGCCGAUGGAGAAAAACCGUAUACAAUGGGCAUGAUGAGUGGGCCGUUGCAAACCACAGUGAGUGGAUCCGUGAAUGUCGGUCAUGCCCCGCCAACGACCACAACGCUCCAACAAACGAAGAUCACAUCGGUCCUAUCGGAGCCCCAACGAGCCCUCGUCUCGACGAUAUCCGCCACGCAGACGCGCAUCAAAGAGUCGGAAAUCGAGCUGGCUGGCAAGGCGCACGUCCCCGAGCUGGGCACCGAUCCGGCCGCCAAGAAGUGGAAACAGGUCACGCUGGACACGCGCAAGCAGAAUGUCGGCUCCCAAAUAGCCGCCAUGAACGCGGCCACCGCCCAGGUGGUGACGCUCACCUCCGGGCCGCAGGACGAGGUCGACCACACGGCCGUCGGCGCCGCCAUCACCACCAUCGGCAGCAACCUGCCCGAGAUGACCAAGGACGUGAAGAUGAUCGCCGCCUUAAUGGACGACACCAACGUCGGCGAGAAGCUGCUCGACGCCACCAGGCAGCUGUGCACCGCCUUCAGCGACCUGCUCAAAGCCGCCGAGCCCGAAUCUAAAGAGCCUCGACAGAACCUCCUCAACGCGGCGUCGCGAGUGGGCGAGGCCAGCACUCAAGUGCUCGCCACGAUCGGAGAAGACACCGCCGAGAACAAGGAGCUCCAAGACAUGCUGUUGUCGUUGGCCAAAGCCGUGGCCAACACCACGGCCGCUUUGGUGCUCAAAGCUAAAAACAUCGCUUCGACUUGCGACGAUCAACAGACGCAGAACCGCGUCAUCGGCGCCGCGACGCAAUGCGCCUUGGCCACGUCGCAGCUGGUCGCCUGCGCCAAAGUGGUCGCUCCGACGAUCUACUCUCCCGCUUGCCAGGAGCAAUUGACCACCGCCGUGAGAGAGGUGGCGAGAGCGGUCGAGAACCUGGUCACCAUAUGCAACGAAGCCUGUCCCAACGAAGAGCUGAACCAGCAGCUGAGAGAAGCCGCAUCGGCGGUGUCGAGGACCUUGAACGAUUUGCUGAAUCACGUUAAAUUGGCGUCCCGCGAACGCGCUCGCGAGACUGUGCAAGAGCACAGCGUCGAGGAAAUUUACACUGCCACCGACAAGCUGUCGGCCGCUUCGGGCGAUCCCAACGAAAUGGUGCGACAAGCCCGACGGCUCGGCCAAGCCACGGCGCAACUUAUCCAGAGCAUAAAAGGAGAAGCCGAGAAACUGCCGGACUCCGACAUACAACGUCGCUUGUUGGCUGCCGCUAAAACGUUGGCGGACGCGACCGCUAGAAUGGUGGAGGCGGCCCGACAGUGCGCUAGUAAUCCACACGAAAUCGUCUAUCAGGAUCAGCUGAGGAAGACCGCUGAAGAUUUGAGGAAUGUGACGGUAGUGGCGGCGACUACUCCGGCGCUUCGCGCUAAACUCGUCGAUAGGGUGCAAAUUUGCGCCAAGAAAGCGGUGUCUACGGCCACGCAAUGCAUAACGGCCGCUCAAACCAGCCACCCGUACAACACGAACGCCGCGACGAGAGAAGCUCUAACGCGGGACACCUUAGAGCUGGCCGAAGCCGUACCGUUGUUGAUCGAUUCUAUUAAAGCUAACGUUCAGAGACCCGAAGAAACUUCCACUCAAGUCGAACUGAUGUACAUUGCCGAGGUGUUUUUGCAUCCCGCGCAACAAUUCAUCCACUCGUCGCAAUCCGCUUUGCCGACUCUAACGGAACACUCGAUUCGCGAGCAACUGUCGAGCACCACGCAGAAAUUCAAUUCGGAACUGAGCGAAUUGCACAGCGCCAUCAGCAGGGCCAAGCCGGCGUGCCAAGGCCUCGGCAUCGACGCCGCCCAACAGCUGAUAGCCGAAUUGCAGGAGGAGUUGAACGAAUUCGAUCGGGCCGCCGAAAUGCACCGAUUGAAACCGUUGCCCCACGAUACGGCCGAACGGGGCGCGCAACAACUGACCGCCAGCAGCAAACUGGUCAAUCAAGGUGUGGCUCAAUUACUGAGCGCCGCGGCGCAAGGCAACGAAACGUACACGUCGCAAGCGGCCAGAGACACGGCGCACAGCCUGAAGAACCUCACCAACGCCGUGCGCUGCGUCGCCGCGACGUCGGACGGCGUCGAGGCGCAGCGGAAGAUCAUCCGCUCGGGCCAGCAGGUGUUGGCCUUCUCCUCUAAGCUCGUCAACGAGGCCAACAGGAGCCUGGCCACCGUCGGCGUCACGCCGGGCCUACAGAAGGCCGCCAAAGAAGUGGCGCAAGCGUUGAAUUCGACCGUCGGCUGUCUGCCGGGCCAGAAAGACGUGGAUAAUUCGAUAAGCAGCAUCAUCGAAUGGUCGUCGACCGUCACGACGUCGGCGUUCCCGUCGACGAGCAAGAGCUACGGGGAGUUGCAGCAGGAAUUGAACACGGCCGCCGCGAAUUUGAACGAAGCCAGUUCGAGCGUCGUGGAGUCCGUCCACAGCCCGGUUCAAUUGGCUUCGACUUCCAAAGAUUUCGCGUCGUCUUAUCGCGAUCUGUUGACCGUUACGAUGGAAAUGGCUGGACAAACCGUUGAUGCUUCAGUAAGAGGAGAAAUGGUCCACUCGCUAAGAACGGUAUCGACGACGUCCAGCACUCUGCUGACGACCGCCAAAGCCCUCUCGGCCGAUCCCAACCUCUCCAACGGCAAGAACCAAUUGACGGCCGCCGCCCGGGCGGUCACGGACAGCAUCAAUCGCUUGGUGAACGUGUGCACGUCGGCCGCGCCCGGCCAGAACGAGUGCGACAACGCCGUCAGGCAGAUCAAGGCCAUGCGCUACCUGCUCGACAAUCCGGCCGAGCCGAUCAACGACUACUCCUACUACGAGACGCUCGACACCGUCAUCGAGAAGAGCAAAAUCCUGGGCGAGGACCUGUCGGGCAUCACGGCCAGCGCCAAGACGUCCGAACACGAGAAAUUCUCCGAGCACGUGAAGAGCUUCAGCAACGCCAUCUGCACGAUGAUCGAAACGUCCGCCCAAGCGGCGUAUUUGAUUGGAGUGUCGGAUCCUUCGAGCAUAGCCGGUCGACCCGGUUUGGUGGAUCAAGCGCAGUUCGCUAGAGCUUCGCAAGCGAUUCAACAAGGUUGCGGCGCUCUUUCUUCGUCGUCGAGCCAACAGAAGCAAAUCCUCGACGCCGCUACGUUGAUCGCGAAGCACACGGGCGCUUUGUGCAAUUCCUGUCGAAUAGCCAGUUCGAAGACGACGAAUCCGGUGGCCAAGCGGCAGUUCGUGCAGAGCGCCAAGGCGGUGGCGAACAGCACGGCGGCUUUGGUCAAGGAAAUCAAGUCUUUAGACGCCGAAUACACGGAGGAGAAUCGCGUCAAAUGCUCGGAGGCCACCAAACCGUUGUUGGAAGCCGUGGAGAACUUGUGCGUGUACGCCAGUUCGAACGAAUUCGCCACGAUUCCCGCCAAGAUACCGCCGCAGGCGCGUCACGCCCAACAGCCGAUCGUCGAGGCCGGUCGCAGGCUCAUCGAUAGCUCGUGUUCUGUCAUUAGCGCCACUAAAAAUCUAAUCGUCAUGCCCAAGGAUCCUUCGACGUGGCAACAAUUCGCCGGAAGUUCCAAGAACGUUUCCGAUUCCAUCAAACAGCUCGUCAUCAGCAUAAGAAACGAAGCGCCGGGCAAAACCGAGUGCGAAACCGCCGCGCAAAUUCUGACCAAUCACUUGAAAACCCUCGACGCCGCCUACAUGGACGCCGUGUCGCAAUCGUUGGUACCUCGCAGGACUGCUUCUUUGCAAAUUUACAGCCAACAGGUGGAAAGAUCGGCCGCCGGUCUGUUCGAUAUGAUCGAACCGCUCCGACACGCCGCUAAAUACGAGGCCGAAAAUAUUAGCCACGCGGUGAACCAAUUGAUACAGUACUUCGAACCGCUGGUAGCCAGCACGAUCGGCGCCGCGUCCAAUUUGAACAAUUCGAAGCAACAGGAGCAGAUACUGGACCAAGCGAAAUCCGUCACCGAAUCGGCUUUGCAAUUCAUAUACGCCACGAAAGAUUGCGGCGGAAAUCCGAAGGCCGUCAACAUCCAUCCCGACAUCGACGAGUGCGCCAACUCCACGCGCGACAACCUCCAAGAUCUGAUAACCAGCCUCGAAGUCAUUUCGACGCAGAGCGGCAUCGUGUCGGGCGUCGUCGACAAUCUGACGAGGGCGAUGACGCGCUUGUCCGACAACCGAGCCUCUCUGAUCAUCUCCGACGGCGACGUCGGCUUCGUCGAUUACCAAACGCGCAUGGUGGCCUGCGCCAAAAGCGUAGCCAAGAUCGCCGGCGAGAUAGCCUCCAAAGCGGCCACCGAUACGCAGAAAAUCGCCCAAUUGUCCGCCGAUCUGUCGCACAAAUACAGCCAAUUGGCCGGCGACAGCAUCGGAGCCGCCGCCGCCGCCACCAACUCCGAGGUCGCCUUGAAACUUAAGGAGGUGGUCCAGCACCUGGGAGGCGCCUGCAUCGAGCUGGUGCGUUCGGGCGGCCAGUGCCUGGUGCGCAAGGACGACGCGACGUUGCGCUCGGUCGGCGAGUGCGCGCGCAACGUGACGGAGAAGGUGUCGCGCGUGCUGGCGACGUUGCAGAACGAGUCGCGCGGCACGCAGGCGUGCAUCAACGCCGCCUCGACGGUGUCGGGCAUCAUCGGCGAUUUGGAGACGACCAUCAUGUUCGCGACGGCGGGCAAUCUGAAUCCGGAGAGCGAGCACGAGUCGUUCGCCAAUCACAGGGAGAACAUAUUGAAGACGGCCAAGGCGUUGGUGGAGGAUACGAAGACGUUGGUGGCCGGCGCGGCUUCGUCGCAGGAACAGCUGGCGGUCGCCGCGCAGAAUUCCGUCGCUACUAUUGUGCAACUGGCCGAGGUGGUGAAGUUCGGAGCGGCCAGUUUGGGCGCGGACAAUCCGGAUUCUCAAGUGAUGCUGAUAAACGCCGUGAGGGACGUGGCGAGCGCCUUGGGUGACCUGAUACAAGCGACGAAAGCGGCCAGCGGAAAGCCGAUUAACGAUCCCGCUAUGGCCCAUUUGAAAGACAGCGCGAAGGUGAUGGUAACUAACGUAACGUCCCUCCUUAAAACCGUUAAAGCCGUUGAAGAUGAACACACGAGAGGCACUCGCGCUUUGGAAUCCACUAUAGAAGCCAUUGGACAAGAAAUGAAGGCUCUAUACGCCAACGACGAUUGCAAACCGGGCGUGACGGCCGAAGAUCUGGUACGCUGUACGAAGCAACUAACCAACGCCACGGCGAAAUGCGUAUCGGCCGGCAUCAGCAACAAACAGGACGACAUCAUAUCGGCGGCGAAUCUCUCGCGACAGGCCAUCUCGCACAUGCUGAUCGUCUGCAAGAGCGCCGCCCACAAUCUAUCGGAAUCGGGCGAAUUGCGCCGCGACGCGCUCAACACGGCCCACGAUUGCGCCAAGCAAUUCAGGGAGCUGCUGUUGUUGAUACUGCAAGGCAACGGAUCGGCCGAUGUCAAGCAAACGCUGCCGCUGGUGUCGCGCAAGAUCGCCCAAAGCGUCACCGAGCUGUUGAGCAUCGCCAAGCGGCUGAAGGGCUCCGAUUGGGUGGAUCCCGACGAUCCGACCGUCAUCGCGGAGAACGAGCUGCUCGGAGCCGCCGCCUCCAUCGACGCGGCCGCCAAGAAACUGGCCAGCCUUCGGCCCAGGCAACACGUCCAGACGCAAGAUUUGGACGAGUCGUUGAACUUCGACGAGAUGAUCCUCGAAGCGGCCAAAUCGAUCACGGCGGCGACUUCGGCGCUGGUUAAAGCGGCCAGCGCGGCCCAACGCGAGUUGAUCGACGCCGGGAAAAUGUCGGGCACGCCGGUCAUUUCGUCCGACGACGGGCAAUGGUCGGAGGGAUUGAUAUCGGCCGCUAGAUUGGUGGCCGCCGCUACGCACAGUCUGGUGGAGAGCGCCAACGCUUUGGUACAAGGUCUCGGUAGCGAAGAUAAAUUGAUAGCGGCCGCCAAGCAGGUGGCCAGUUCGACGGCCCAGCUGUUGGUGGCUUGUAAGGUGAAGGCCGAAGGCGAUACGGAGGCUACGAGGAGAUUGCACGCGGCCGGUAACGCGGUGAUCCGGUCGACGGAUAAUUUGGUGAGGGCGGCCCAGCGGGCGAAGAGCGUCGAAGAGGAACGGUAUUUGAUAUUGAACAAGAAAAUGGUCGGCGGUAUCGCGCAGGAAAUUAACGCGAGAUCCGAGGUGUUGAAAAAAGAACGUGAAUUGGAGGAGGCGCGGAAUAAAUUGAGCGCCAUACGACAGGCUAAGUACAAACUCAGAGGUUACGAUACUUCUGGGGAUGAUACUGAUGGAUAUAUCAGUUCGGCGCCGGAGAUGGAUAAUUCUAUGCGUUACAAUCAGAGCUACGAUUACCAACAAUCCUCCAGUCCCCAGCAACCCUACGAUUACCACCAAUCCCGCUCCAGUCCGCAACAACGAUACUACCAAGAUUAUUCGCAAUUGGAAAGUCCGGAGAAGGUUAACUCACUAGAACGUAACAAAUCGGUUUCAAAACCGUACGCGACAGAGCCCGAUUCCGCAACAUACGGACAAGAUUAUAACUCUUACAAGCAACAAUCGCCCAAAUUUUAUCAAAACAGUUCUUACGCCGCCCCCGCCGGGCACCUUACAAGUUUCGAAGCUCCGAACGUCGAGUACUUCCAGCCGAUAGACACCAAGUACUAUUCCGACGGGUAUUCCAGUUCCGAUUACGUUACGAACACUUACCAAACGCCCGAAGGGUACAAGACCAACACGUACAGGUACGAGAGCUACGAAGCGCCGCCGCAACAUUCGUAUUCGUCGAGCAGCGAGAAGUACUACACGAGCGCUCAGUCGCCGAAGGACAAAAAGGCCUUCGAGACGUUCAAGAACGGCGGCAGCAAUCAGUACUCGUAUUCUACAAACGUUGAAUACAUAAACGAACCGCCUGUCGUCAGAGACGAUGAUACUUUGGAACAGAAAAUGUUGAAGAAAUCGGUGACGCAACAAAUUAUAGAGAAGAAAACCGUAUCCAUGACGAAAAGUACUAAGCAGGAGUCUUCGAUGAAGAGUUUUAGAUUCGAUUAAAUUUCAUCGCUGCCAUAUUAUUACGAAGCGUAGUUGUUUUAUUGUACAUUAUUUUUAAGUGUCCUUAUUGAGAAUGGUGCUAAUUUGUUUUCUGCUUUGUUCAAUUUAUACAUUUAACCAAAAAUUUAGUUCGUAGGUCUCGAAAUUUAUGUUUCAAUUGAAUGUAUGCAUAAGAAUACAUAAACGAAUAUAUUUUAAUUACCUUGUACAUUGAAUUUCGUAAUUGUAUGAAACACAAUCCAAAAGUGCCUAUUUUAUUGCUUCUGUUUUUAUCUUGUAAUGAUUUAUUUAGAUUUUAGGUAUAAUAACAAGACUUACUAGUGCCUGAUACUUAUAAAAUCAUGCCUUAUAUAAUAUUGUACUUUUUACACGAUACUUGUAGGAAUGUUUUUAUUAUAUUUAAUAUUGUACCUAAUGUAAGUGAAAUAAAUAUUUUAACAUUUCGAGUUUUGUAAUUAUUAAAAUUUUCUUAUAUAAGACAUUUCAUAUAAUUAUACACCUUGCUCCAUUUCCGAUUGCAACAGGGUCAUUUCUA